AUGGCGUCCACGAACAGCGAGUAUUCGGGCUUCGGCCAGACGUUCCAGUAUAUCACAAGUAUUAAACUUGCUGAGCUCGAGCGCCAGCGUAGCGCGUGUACGGGGUACGUCAAAGAGACACUGAAAGCUGCGUCUGAGGAGACGACGCCGUACAAGCGUGCCGAUACUCUUCUGCGUCGCAUACGCAGUUGGACCGGAGUCGGCCGCCUCGUAGGCGAGGACAUCGACUACGAGAAUUUAGAAUGCUGGCUAUGGCAAGCUCACAGCGACCCGUCCGUGACGGAUGCGGAGAUCUUGAAGAUGGUUGAACAACUCGAAAAGGAGCUGGCACAGGCGCUUCGGCGAUAUGACUAUGCGAAGCUCUUCGGCGACCUCCUAUCCGAAUGGCUUACUAGUGGCGAUUCUCUUGCGACGUCGUCACCUUCUGAUCAGGCUGUCGAGAGCAGGUCCAACAAGAGAGAGGGUUUGCUACUGUUCAAUCGUGUCUUUACAGAGGGCAUCACGCAGCAGGCCCAGAUACAGAAACUCAUCACAGAAGCCAAGGAGGUUAAUGUUGACACGAUCAAGGCCUAUCUCGACGACUUGUUCUCUGAGUCGGCGGCGACUACCGCGCUCACCAACUUGCGCAAGCAUGUUCAAGACUAUGGCGAUGUGUUAUCGACGUCCAAACUCCGUGCCGACGAAAUGCCUGCCUUGAUGCAGUCCCUGCUCGCUCGCGACCUCUUGUCCGCCGAGAAGUCUGCAACGCUGAAGAGCUUCCUCAAUAACGAGGUCAUCCUCGAGGAGGUGGCUAGCGUUCUGAACAUGAUGUUGGCUAGUUUGGACGACUGGGACUGGCCUGCAGACGGCGUCCCCAUCGAGAUGCGGCGGAAUAUUGCGGGGAGAUAUAGGGCCUAUAUGGACAACGAGAUCAUGCAGGCGCUUCUUUUCCAGUACAUCGGUGUCAAGUGGAGCACCCAGCUCAAGGACUGCUUCAAGAAAAUUGCCCAGUCGCGCGCAUGGAAGCCCGACUCAUCACUGCUCUCAGAGCAAGAAGAGGCCCGUCGGUGCCAAAUGUUGGACUGGACCCGUGGGUCGUCGCAGACUAUCCAAGGACGACGUCGUGACAUCCGUCUCAACCAGUUCUUCUGCACGCAACUUCCGGACGAAUUUGAGGAGGAAGCAGAUUACGAUGAGGAGCCGAAGGCGGGGGAGAAGUACAAUCAUGGCGUCUCCGCCCAGCAGGCUUUGUUGCGCCUGGUGGCCACCGAGACGCAUCUUCAGAGAACUCUGUACGGGAGCUCGACAAUCAUGCGUGCGGAUCUUGAGUGGUUCGGCCCUUCCAUACCGCAUCAAAGUAUCCUCACGGUGCUCGAAUUCUUUGGGAUUCCUGAGAAGUGGCUUGGUUUCUUCCGGAAGUGGCUGAGUGCCAAGAUGCGCUUCGAGGGGUCCGAAAUACAGAUCAGGAAAAGAGGGGUACCAAUCGCACAUGCGCUGUCCGUCUUGUGCGGCGAAGCAAUCCUCUUCGCUAUGGAUUUUGCAGUCAACCAGAGAGCAGACGGGUUGUACGUCUACCGCAUCUACGACGACUUUUGGUUCCAGAGCCACGAUGCGAGCAAGUGCGCUGCUGCAUGGCGCGAGAUGAAGACAGUCGCCGACCUAGUCGGGAUCACGUUCAACAUGAAGAAAACGGGCGGCGCGUGUGUUGGUGCGCCGCUUGAGCCCAGCCUGCCCCGUGGUGCCGUGGCUUGGGGAUUCUUGGUGUUUGACUCCGAGAAGGGACGCUUCGUCGUCGACCAAAAGGCUGUCGAUAUACACAUCGCAGAGCUCACGCGACAACUGGCUGCUGCAAAGUCCGUCAUGGGCUAUGUGAAUUGCUUCAACAAGUACAUGGAGUUCUUCCGCCGCAACUUCGCGCAGCCAGCGCAGUGCUUUGGCAUGGCCCACGCAGACGAGAUCAUCUCGACCUUUCAGCGCAUCCAGCGCGCCGUCUUUGCGGACACCAACGGGUCUGUCGUGGGCAAGAUCAGGCAGCUCAUCUCCGAGCGCUUCGACGUCACCGACAUCCCCGCCGGCUGGUGCUUUCUCCCCUCCUCCGAAGGCGGGCUCGGGAUCGCCAAUCCAGUCGUGACGCUCUUGUCCGUGCGCAGGCAGCUUCCCGCUGAUCCCAGCGCUAAGUUCGCUGCGGCUAUGGGGCUCGAUCAAGGCGUGUACGAGGGUCGACGGUAUGAGUGGGCGGGCGGUCCUACGGGCGACCGUGAGUUCUUGACAUACGCCGAGUUUACGGAGGGACGCGAGACGUAUAUCCCACACUGGGGAACGACGUGGGCGCAGCUGCAGGAGACAGCGCAUGCCAAGUCGCCUGUCAAGACUGGGCUUCUGCACAACGAUGCCCGCUGGAGAGGGCGGUCCGAGGUGGAGAGAUGGAUUGUGGCGUUCUAUGCAAGGGAGAUCUUCGAAAUGUUUGGGGGAUUCAAGAUGGUCGAGGAGACGCUCAUUCCGGUGGGAAUGCUGAAGGCGUUCCAGACGGCGAAGAUAGCAUGGGACACGUAA